GGAAGAGAUGCAUUGAUGCUUUCUCUGUAGACCUACAGGCUGCUGGUUGGAGCCAUAAGGGAAAGAGAGGAAGAAUUAGCCUGUGUGUUUAUGUGGCUGUGCUCCAGUAAAUAUUUUGAUGCAUCUGCUGCCAGCUCUGGUCUGAGGGAAUCUAUCUAGCAUUUAAAUUUUGAUGGGGAGCUGUUUUGAAUAAUAACAGUGCAGCCGGCUGUGAGUCAGUGCAUGUGUGUUGACUGAAAAAAAAAAAAAAAUCUCAAAGCUUAACGCUUGCUGAACGCUGAGCUGCAGUGCUUUGCUUUUACCCUCCUCCUUUCUUUUUUCCCUUUUUUCCCAAAUAGAGUGUGGUUCAUUGGGGGGUGGGGGGAGCAACAACAAAAAAUAAAAACCACACUCACAAGUAGCUAUUGCAAUGGGUGCAGUAAUGGGUACAUUCUCUUCUCUACAAACCAGACAAAGAAGACCCUCAAAAGACUUCGCCCGAUGGUCUUACCUGUCUCAGAGAGAUAAAAUUGAAGAUGAAUUAGAAAUGACCAUGGUGUGCUAUCGUCCAGAAGGACUGGAACAGCUUGAAGCACAAACCAAUUUCACAAAGAGGGAACUUCAAGUGCUUUACAGAGGAUUUAAAAAUGAAUGUCCUAGUGGGGUUGUUAAUGAAGAGACGUUCAAACAGAUCUAUGCACAGUUUUUUCCACAUGGAGAUGCUAGUAUGUAUGCCCAUUAUCUUUUCAAUGCGUUUGACACUACACAGACUGGAUCAGUGAAGUUUGAGGGUUUUGUGAUGGCACUAUCAACUUUGUUGAGAGGAACAGUUCAUGAAAAGCUAAGAUGGACAUUUAAUCUUUAUGACAUAAAUAAAGAUGGAUAUAUAAACAAGGAGGAAAUGAUGGAUAUAGUAAAGGCAAUUUAUGAUAUGAUGGGCAAGUACACAUAUCCUGUUCUCAAGCAAGAUGCUCCAAGACUGCACGUAGAAGUUUUCUUCCAGAAAAUGGAUAAAAACAAAGAUGGUGUUGUAACUCUAGAUGAGUUUAUUGAAUCAUGUCAGGAGGAUGACAAUAUUAUGAGAUCCUUACAGCUCUUUGAGAAUGUGAUGUAACAGCAUCUGGAAUGCAGCAUAGGAACCAGAGACUUUGUACUUAAUGAAAACCGUCUUUCUGGACGAAGGCUUUUUACAACUCAGCUAUGUUGCGUGAACAAAGAUUGUGUAAGGCAUCUCCAACCGAGCUUCGUUUCCGAAUGCAACAAACUCCCAUCUCUCCUCCCCAAGAGACACUGACUGGAAGUUAUUUCAUUUUGGAAGCAUGCUAAUAUUUUAAUAAAACCUGAUGAGUGAGA